AUGGACCACUAUGGACCACCUCACUAUGGACCACUCCACCUCACUAUGCCACCUGGACCACUUGCUAUGGACCACCUCACUAUGGACCACUUUGCUAUGGACCACCUCACUAUGGACCACUUUGCUAUGGACCACCUCACUGUGGGACCACUUUGCUAUGGACCACCUCACCAUGGACCACUUUACUAUGGACCACCUAGCAUGGACCACCUCACCAUGGACCACUUUGCUAUGGACCACCUCUACUAUGGACCACCUCACUUUUGGACCACUUUGUUGUGGACCACUCACUAUGGACCUCUUUGUUAUGGACCACCUCACCAUGGAUCACUUUAUGGACCAGGACCACCUCCACUAUGGACCACUUCUGUGACCACCUCACUAUGGACUGUUAUGGACCACCUCACCAUGGACCACUUUGCUAUGGACCACCUCACUAUGGACCACUUUGCUCUUGUUAUGGACCACCUCACUAUGGACCACUUUGCUGUGGACCACCUCACUGUGGACCACUUUGUUAUGGACCACCUCACCAUGGACCACUUUGCUAUGGACCACCUCACUAUGGACCACUUUGUUAUGGACCACCUCACUAUGGACCACUUUGUUAUGGACACCACCAUGGACCACUUUUAUGGACCACCUCACCAUGGACCAAUUUGCUAUGGACCACCUCACCAUGGACCACUUUGCUAUGGACCACCUCACCAUGGACCAAUUUGCUAUGGACCACCUCACCAUGGACCACUUUGCUAUGGAUGGACCACCCACCUCACUAUGGGCCACAUCGCAUGGACCACUUUGCUUACCACCUCACUAUGGACCACUUUGUUAUGGACCACCUCUCCAUGGGACCACCUCACUGUGCCAUGGACCACUAUCCACAUGCCAUGA